GUGGCCUGGGGGAGGAUUUCUACCACUAGUCUGACAUCUAGAUGAUACUGGACUAUAACAAGGAGGCCUCCACUACAUCUAGAGGAAAGAAGGUUUCUCCACCAACAUAGAAGAGGAGUCUUUACUGUAAGAGCAGUGAGACUAUGGAGCUCUCUGCCAGAGGAAGGAGUCAUGGGGGAUUCUCUAGAAGAGUCAAGAAGGGGCCUGGAGGUCUGGAGGGUAAUAAUAUUCCAGCUUCUAGUGACUAGAUUACUGGAGAUGGGACCAUGAUCCAGGGAGGGAUUCUGAGUGUAGAUCUGGAGUCAGGAAGGAAUUUCUUUCCCUAAGUGUCUCUCUCCAUCCACAGGAUUACACCAUAGUGAAUAAGACAUCGGAGGAGACUCCCAUCAUCCAUGAGUCAGGAGGGUGGACCCCCAUCACAGAACCUUCCCCCCUGAUACAUGAGAAGAAGAUCCUAGAACUCACCCACAAGAUGAUUGAGCUGCUGACUGGAGAGGUUCCUGUAAGGUGUCAUGAUGUGGCGGUCUAUUUCUCCAUGGAGGAGUGGGAGUAUAUAGAAGGACACAAGGAUCUGUACAAGGAAGCCAUGAUGGAGGAUUCACGGCCUCUCACAUCACAAGGAAAUUCCAGUAACAACUCUGAGGGAACCAUUGUGUUAUCGCGAGUACGAAAUGAAGCCAUCGUGCAGCCCUCUUCAGGAGAAAACCUCAUUACCCUGGUUUUUUAUCCAGGACUUCUCGUUAGAGAUCUACCACCUAAUCCCCCUAAUCGUGAGCAGCCUUCUCCUAACCAAUCCCAGAUUAUUACCAGAAAUCCAGGUCUGUUAUAUAAUCCCUCUAAUCAUGAUGGCUCAAACACAGGUCCAGAUUCAUCAUGUAAUCCCCCAGAUCAUGAGGAACCUUCUCCUGACCAAUCCCAGAUUGCUACCACAAGUACUUCAAAAUCAGGUCGUGUUAAGAAAAUUGACUCUGGAGGAAAUCCGCAUACAUGUUCAAUAUGUGGGAGAUCCUUUACAUGUAAAUCACGACUUCUUACCCAUCAGAAAGUUCACACAGGAGAAAAGCCAUAUUCAUGUUCAUUCUGUGCAAAAUGUUUUACGUGUAAAUCAGGGCUUGUUAUACAUGAGAGAAUUCACAAAGGGGAGAAGCCAUUUUCAUGUCCAGAAUGUGGUAAAUGUUUCACAAACAAAUCAGAUUGUACUAAGCACCAGAGACGUCACACAGGAGAGAAACCAUAUCCAUGUUCAGAAUGUGGCAAAUGUUUCAUUAGUAAAGGCAAGCUUAGGGAACAUCAGAGAAUUCACACAGGAGUGAGGCCAUAUUCAUGUUCAGUAUGCGGGAAACGUUUUCUGGAGAAAUCUCUCCUUGUUAAACAUGAUAGAACUCACACAAGUGAUAAACCAUUUUCAUGUUCUACUUGUGGCAGAUCCUUUCCAUGUAACAUAAGUCUUGUUAAACACCAGACAAUCCACAUGACGUGAAUCCAUUUUCAUGUUCUAAACGUGGAAAUUGUUGUACAAGAAAUCAUAUUUUGACACUCGGAGAAUUCACACAGAGAAGAAACCGUAAUCUUCUUUGGAAUGUGGGAAAUGCCAGAGUAGAGAAAAAAGAUGUUUAACAAUUAGGUUAUUACAGGGGUUUUCCAUCUUUAGGAGAUUGAUGACUAAACCUCAGGGAUAGAUCAUCAAUAUCAGGUACCGCAUACAGCUGAUCGAAGGGAUAUUGAUGACCUAUUCUGAGGAUAGGACAUCAAUAUCUAGAAGCUGGACACUCCUUUCAGACAAUAAAAGGGGUCUAUUUCUGGACAGAAAAGGCCUAGAUAUGCCAAACAUCCAAAUUUGGAUACACGGAGGAGGAGAAGAAGAGCUAUGUUUACUGUCAGAGCAGUGAAAAUAAAUUGUCCCCAUGGACCUUGCUUCUUCUUACUGUAUUCAUACUUCCACCUACACUGCAGAAAACCCACAAAAAUAUUUUUUCUUUAACAUAUGUGGACAUAUCAAUAUCCUGGGCCAAUUGUCAGUUUCAAGUCUCCACUUGUAGAUGGUUUUCCAGACGGAGGAAUGAUUGAUAUCUUCCCAUUCCAGACUUAUAGGCCUUCAUAACCUUUCUAAGGGGCUCAGAACCCUCUGGAUGUAGACAUGAUGAUAUCAUGAUACCAGAAAAUGUCUAAGGUUUAGAUAAGACCCAGUCCUCCUAAAUUCUGUUCUGAAAUGUCUUGGACUCUCUCGUGUACCUGAUUUGGGGCAUGCAGAACCCACAUGCAUGCUGCAUAUACAACCCCCAGAAGUAUGGAACAGAUGUUCUGAUCAGUUGUACGCCCAGGAUUCUUAUUAUAGUGUCUUUUGGCUGGGUUUUGAUGCAGUUUUUGAAGUAAAAAGGCUGGACAUGUGUAAAGUAAAUACUGAAGGAUUGAUUUGUCAAGGCCGGUGCUACACUAGCCUUGAUAGGGCCUACGCUGGUGGAGGAGGCAGGCAAUUUAUAACAAGGCCUCAUCAUUAUUACCUGCCUUCUCCAGCACUCCAUGUGGCGGAGUGAAAUCUAUGGCAGCUGUAGAUUUCAGUCAUUAUUUACACCAGUUUCUGGCGUAAAUAAUGAUGAAUGAGCUGGUGCCCUCACCUCAACCCCUUUCGUAGACUUGGCACGGGUGGCCUAAAAUGCCAAUUGUGACUAGAAAAGUUUGAAACUGUCUUUUUUUAUUUUUUAUUUACCUCUGACUUUGGUUUCAAAAACUGCAUAAAAAUCCAGCCUUAAAUGAACUCAGAUUCAGAUCAGCCCUAUCAACUACAGUUCUCCAUGAACAGCGGGAAAACAUCUCAUUCUUUUUUUUCUGUUUGCAUGUCAAUUCUUGACACCGUUUCUUUGCAGAAACUACGGCGGUGGCCACACGGGCAUCCUAUGGAAGUGCAAAAUUCAAACCAAGGCAGAAGUCCAAGGGACAAUGUCAGAUUUCUGCUGCAGGUUCUGCUGCAAAAAUAUGCAGCGGAUUAUUCUGUGGCGUGACCGUGCCGGUCUAACAUUCCCUUCUGUUGGUUUUUGUUCUCAGUAAUCAUUGUAGUUAAUGUUCUUCAUGAUCUUUAUAUAAGUUGUAUUGGUAAAAGUCUGAAAUCUGGAUCUGCAAUAAAGACAUGAUACAGAUGAAAAGGCUGCCUUUAUGUGGGACUCGUUUACCUGACUGUAGUCGGAGACUUGGACACUGCCGGCUCCAUAAACACGUAGAACCUGAUUUAUCAACAGGGGACAAUUUGAAGUCUCUCUUCACAUUUGAUCUGGGAGCCAAGUUUAUGAAUGUGGCUCACAGCAAACAUUCAGAUCAGGCAGACGAUCACAUUCUGACUUAUUUUCACCUACCGUAGUGAAG